AUGAGAGAGAGCUCGCGCGUGCGGGAGAUGGCUGCUGAUAAGUUAAACUUCCGGGUGAGCGGUUCAGAUGGGUGCUCGUCCGACGUCGCUGUCCCUCAGACAUCAGUCCACCCGCAGGCUUCCCACUUAUUGCGUACCCCCAAACUUAACCUGCUCUCCACCCUGCGAUUCAAUUUCUACAACCUCUACCUCAUCACAAUCGAAGACACUCCCACAUUUAUCCUCCCAAACACCAUUUUUGGUCUUUCAAGCGCCCUGACCCCUUCUCUUACCAACUGCACCAGCCAUGCCUCCCCAGUCACCCCACUCCCUCGGAAUUUGCUACUCCAAGCAGUCAUCCACACCCUCCUCUUCAACUGGACCAACCUCCUCCUCUUCGACCUCUCCAACCAACGGCUCACCUGCGCCGAAGAUCGUCUGAACAAACCCUGGCGUCCUAUCCCCUCUGGUCGCAUGACCGCCGUUACCAUGCGCCGCUGGCUCAUCUGCUGCAUCCCGCUCGUUCUAGCCUACAACCACUUUAUCCUCAGCACCGGCGGAGAAACGGCGGUAUUGAUAAUCCUGACGUGGUGCUACAACGAUCUCGGCGGCGGCGAUGAGAAUUGGCUCGUUAGGAACGGGAUCAUCGCGUGCGCGUUUGGGGGUUAUAAUCUCGGCAGUCUCCUCCGAGUUUCAGCAGGAACACUCUACCCUACCUCAUCUCUGUCCCCUAGAAUGGGCGUAGAAGUCUCCCACCUCGGCCUCACCUGGACUACCCUCGUCUCGACCGUAAUCUUCAGCACAAUGCACGUUCAAGACAUGAAAGACGUUGCUGGCGAUCUCGCGCAAGGCUGCCGCUCGCUUCCCAUCGUGUAUGGACGCCAGGUUGCGGGGUGGAGUGUUGCGGUUCCGUGGUGGUGUGGUCGGUUGUGUGUGUUUAGUUUUGGGCGUCGAAGAGGGCGGUGGUGGUGGUGGGCCCGCUGGGAUUGGGGAUUUGGGUUGCGUGGAGGUGUGUGAGGAGGAAAGGCGCGAGGGAGGAUAGGAGAGCGUGGCAGUUUUGGUGUGCGUGGAUGGCGGUGGUGUAUUUGAUGCCGCUGCUUGAGGGGAGGGGAUAGUGGUGUUGCAGGGAGCGGCGGGCUCCGCAGUAUAACGUUCGUUAGGGGGAGGUCAAAAGGACCGUUACGUGGUGGCGUUCCGACUAGAUAUAUUGUAGUAGUGCCGAGACUUAGGACGCCCUAAAUCUUCAUUUGCUCC